CUCGUUUCUUCAACCAGCUGUUUGCAGGGUUGGAGCCUUAUUCCAUGGUGGCAAGCUUCAUCACUGAAGCAAUUAAAACCAGUCUAUACACAUAUGAGGUGGCUCCGGUCUUCACUCUUAUGGAAGAUGCUGUGCUGAAAAAGAUGAUGGAGAUGAUAGGUUGGGAGGAAGGAGGAGACGGACUCUUUAAUCCAGGUGGCUCAAUGUCCAACAUGUAUGCAGUGAAUUUAGCCCGAUAUCGGUUCUGCCCAGAUCUCAAAGAGGUUGGACUCUAUUCUGCUCCACGCCUCGUCUUGUUAACAUCUCAAGAGAGCCAUUACUCCAUUUCUAAAGCAGCAGCUUUGCUUGGAUUUGGCACAAAGAAUGUUUACAUGGUGCCAUCUGAUGACAGGGGAAAGAUGAUUCCCUCUGCUCUGGAAGAAAAAAUACAUCUGGCACAAAGUGAGGGUGCAGUUCCAUUCUUUGUCAACGCCACAGCUGGUACCACCGUGUUUGGAGCAUUUGAUCCCAUUGAUGAGAUCGCCAGCAUCUGUGAGAAGCACAACCUGUGGCUACACGUGGAUGCAUGCUGGGGUGGAGCUGUACUCAUGUCUAAGAAACACAAGCACCUGUUAAAGGGAAUUCAGAGAGUCAAUUCAGUGGCCUGGAACCCUCAUAAAAUGCUGAUGGCCACUCUUCAGUGCUCAGCUUUUCUGGUCAGAGACAAAAGUAGCCUCCUCCAGCGCUGCCACUCUGCUCAGGCCUCCUACCUCUUCCAGCAGGACAAGUUCUACGAUGUGAGCUACGACACAGGGGACAAGUCAGUCCAGUGCAGCAGGAAGCCCGACGCCUUCAAGCUGUGGCUCAUGUGGAAGGCUUUAGGGACCAAUGAGCUGGAGCAGAGGGUGAACAGAGCCCUCACCAUGGCCAGGUAUCUUGUGCAAGAGAUCAAAAAAAGAGAAGGAUUCCAUUUAAUAAUGGAGCCUGAAUUUGCAAAUGUUUGCUUCUGGUACAUUCCACCCAGUUUGAGGAACAUUCCACAUGGUCCUGAGCUUCAGAAGAAGCUGCACACUGUGGCGCCAGUGGUGAAGGAGCGCAUGAUGAAGAGGGGAAGUAUGAUGAUUGGUUACCAGGCACAUGGUGACAAAGCCAACUUCUUCAGGAUGGUGGUCAUCAGCCCCCAGGUCAAAAGGCAGGACUUGGACUUUGUCCUGGAUGAGAUACAUAACCUGGGAAAGGACCUGUGAUGAUGUGUCCAUGAAGAACUUUCCAUCAUCUGCCAAACAUAGCAUCAUAAAAAUAAACCUCUAACAACAGAGAAAUAA